UGUCAAGUCGAGCAUGUCAAUCAUCCUAGGGUCCCUCCUCUGCUCUUUCUGGGUACCUCCCGUCUUGGUUGAAAGCUGCCGCUACUGACCUGGACCCAUGGCUACAAGCCUGCUUCCGAAUCCUUAAUCCUUCAGUGGUAAAUGCUCUGGCAGUACCGGAUUUAGCUGUGAUGGCCAUUGGAACCAGCCAACAUUUAUCUUCUAGACGCCAACGGCUGACAUGCUGGCACCUGGACGGAUGUACCCUGGCAGGCUCGGAGGCUCUAUGUACCCUCUGGGCCUGUAUGGUAGCCGGGGCUAUUGUAAACGAUCUGUUGUUGUUUUAAUCAAUUCUGGUUAGAGAAAAGAAAGAAAUGGCUAUUUUUCCACAGUGGGACUUGAGCUCUUGAGUGGGGCUCCCAUCUCCAGGACAGCAGCUGGCUUGCUGAGAGCCUCCCUCAGAAAAACCGAAUCCCUACAAGGCUGUUUUCUGUUGUGGACACGGGCGAUAACUACACAGAGCAGGCCUGCCUUCCCACCAGGCGCCCUGCAUGCACCCAGACCCUCUAUGCUGGGCGCGGAAGCUGCUGUGAGCUCGGGGCUCGUUCUGCUCCGCCUCCCUCCCCCGCAGCCCCCGGUCCAAGGCCGACUCCUCCUCCUCUCCCUCCGGAAACCCGAAGCCCCCGCCCCAGCCAGGCCGUCGCAAGCACUCUGGAGGGCGGUCCGCGUGAGUGCUGGCCACGCGGGGUGGGAGCGCCCAGUCGCCGCCGUCAGCGCCUUGGGGCUGGGCCCGCCAGAACCUUUCCCGGAGCCCCUUGUUCUCCCUCUCCCACCCCUUUCUGGGUACCCUCGACGCCCACGUUGCUCCCCGGGGUCCCUCAAGCCCUGUCCUGCCUUCCACGCGGGGCGCUGCCCCUGCCAUCCAAGUCCCUGCCCAAGCCCACCCGGGUCCUGCGAGUGCCCAGAGCCAUGGUUGCGGUGCGCACCGCACCCCUGCUCUGUGGCCUCCUGGCACUGCUGGCGCUGUGCCCCGGGGGGAGCCCGCAGACGGUGCUGACGGACGACGAGAUCGAGGAGUUCCUCGAAGGCUUCCUUUCGGAGCUGGAGACCCAGUCCCCGCCCCGGGAGGACGACGUGGAAGCCCAACCACUUCCCGAGCCCACCCAGAAUGCCCGCAAAUCCAAGGCAGGGGGCAAGCUGCGGGCAGAUGGAGAAGUCCCUGCAGAAAAGAACAAAGAGAAGGGGAAGAAAGGAAAGAAGGACAAAGGCCCCAAGGUUACCAAACAACACCUGGAGGGGCCCACCAGGCCCACCGAGAAGCCCAAGGAAAAGCCACCCAAGGCCACCAAGAAGCCCAAGGAAAAGCCACCCAAGGCCACCAAGAAGCCCAAGGAAAAGCCACCCAAGGCCACCAAGAAGCCCAAGGAAAAGCCACCCAAGGCCACCAAGAAGCCCAAGGAGAAACCACCCAAGACUACCAAGAAGCCCAUGCCAGGACCGGGGCUCUCAACCGUGGCCCCCUUUGAAAUGCCGGAGUGGCCACUCCCCUCAUCCUCUAACCCCAGUCCCAAGGAGCCACCACAGGAGAGAGAGCCAGAGGAGGAGACCGAGGUGCCCACACUGGACUACAAUGACCAGAUAGAGCGGGAGGAUUAUGAAGAUUUUGAGUACAUCCGGCGCCAGAAGCAGCCCAGACCAACACCCAGCAGGAAGAGGCUCUGGCCAGAGCCCCCCAAGGAGAAGGCCGAAGAGCCAGAGGAGAGAAAGGAAAUCGAGCCACCUCUGAAGCCCCUGCUGCCCCCCGACUAUGAGGACGGCUACUUGAUCCCCAACUAUGAUGACCUGGAUUACUACUUUCCCCAUCCUCCGCCAGAGAAGCCCGAUGCUGGACAAGAGGUGGAUGAAGAAAAGGAGGAGAUGAAGAAACCAAAAAAGGAGGGCAGUGGCCCCAAGGAGGAGACAGAGGACAAGUGGGCUAUGGAGAAAAACAAGGAUCACAAAGCAGGGUCCCGGAAGGGCGAGGAGCUGGAGGAGGAGUGGGCUCCCGUGGAGAAAAUCAAGUGUCCGCCCAUCGGGAUGGAGUCACACCGCAUUGAGGACAACCAGAUCCGGGCCUCCUCCAUGCUGCGCCACGGCCUGGGGGCUCAGCGGGGCCGGCUCAACAUGCAGGCUGGUGCCAAUGAAGAUGACUACUAUGAUGGGGCUUGGUGUGCUGAGGAUGAGGCGCAGACCCAGUGGAUUGAGGUGGACACCAGAAGGAUGACCCGGUUCACGGGCGUCAUCACCCAGGGCCGGGACUCCAACAUCCAUGACGACUUUGUGACCACCUUCUUCGUGGGCUUCAGCAAUGACAGUCAGACCUGGGCGAUGUACACCAAUGGCUACGAGGAGAUGACCUUCCAUGGGAAUGUGGACAAGGACACCCCUGUCUUGAGUGAGCUCCCCGAGCCAGUUGUGGCCCGUUUCAUCCGCAUCUAUCCACUCACCUGGAACGGGAGCCUGUGCAUGCGCCUGGAGGUGCUGGGCUGCCCCGUGACUCCUGUCCACAGCUACUAUGCACAGAAUGAGGUGGUAACCACGGACAGCCUGGACUUCCGGCACCACAGCUACAAGGAUAUGCGCCAGCUGAUGAAGGUCGUGAAUGAGGAGUGCCCCACCAUCACCCGCACAUACAGCCUGGGCAAGAGUUCCCGGGGGCUCAAGAUCUACGCUAUGGAGAUCUCGGAUAACCCUGGGGAGCACGAGCUAGGGGAGCCCGAGUUCCGCUACACAGCUGGCAUCCACGGCAAUGAGGUGCUGGGCCGAGAGCUCCUGCUGCUGCUCAUGCAGUACCUGUGCCGCGAGUACCGCGACGGGAACCCCAGGGUGCGCAACCUGGUGCAAGAUACACGCAUCCACCUGGUGCCUUCGCUGAACCCGGACGGCUAUGAGGUGGCGGCACAGAUGGGCUCCGAGUUUGGGAACUGGGCACUGGGGCUGUGGACUGAGGAGGGCUUUGACAUCUUCGAGGACUUCCCGGAUCUCAACUCCGUGCUCUGGGCAGCCGAGGAGAAGAAAUGGGUCCCCUACAGGGUCCCGAACAAUAACUUGCCAAUUCCUGAUCGCUACCUGUCCCCAGAUGCCACGGUAUCCACAGAAGUCCGGGCCAUCAUUUCCUGGAUGGAGAAGAACCCCUUUGUGCUGGGAGCAAACCUGAAUGGGGGUGAGCGGCUUGUGUCUUACCCCUAUGACAUGGCUCGGACGCCUAGCCAGGAGCAGCUGCUGGCCGCAGCCAUGGCGGCGGCCCGUGGAGAGGAUGACGAAGAGGUGUCUGAAGCCCAGGAGACUCCAGAUCAUGCUAUUUUCCGCUGGCUGGCCAUCUCAUUUGCCUCUGCCCAUCUCACCAUGACCGAGCCCUACCGAGGAGGGUGUCAGGCACAGGACUACACCAGUGGCAUGGGCAUUGUCAACGGGGCCAAAUGGAAUCCUCGGUCUGGGACUAUCAAUGACUUUAGCUACCUGCACACUAACUGCCUGGAGCUCUCUAUUUACCUGGGCUGUGACAAGUUCCCCCACGAGAGUGAGCUGCCCCGUGAGUGGGAGAACAACAAGGAGGCGUUGCUGACCUUCAUGGAGCAGGUGCACCGUGGCAUUAAGGGUGUGGUGACAGACGAGCAAGGCAUUCCCAUUGCCAAUGCUACCAUCUCCGUGAGUGGCAUCAACCAUGGUGUGAAAACAGCAAGCGGGGGUGACUACUGGCGCAUCCUGAACCCGGGUGAGUACCGCGUGACGGCCCAUGCUGAGGGCUACACCUCAAGCGCCAAGACCUGCAACGUGGACUACGAUAUUGGGGCCACCCAGUGCAACUUCAUCCUGGCUCGCUCCAACUGGAAGCGCAUCCGGGAGAUCAUGGCGAUGAACGGGAACCGGCCCAUCUUCCGCAUCGACCCCUCACGACCCAUGACCCCACAGCAGCGGCGCAUGCAGCAGCGCCGUCUACAGUACCGGCUCCGGAUGAGGGAACAGAUGCGGCUGCGGCGCCUCAAUUCUACCGCAGCCCCUGCCGCGAGCCCCGCCCCUGCCUCGACUCCCCCACCUUCCCCUACACCAGGCAUUACCUGGAGGCCCCAGGAAGUUCUACCCACAACCACUGCAGGCUGGGAGGAAUCAGAGACUGAGACCUAUACAGAAAUAGUGACAGAGUAUGGGACGGAGUAUGGGACUGAGCUGGAGGAGGAGGAAAUAGAAGAGGAGGAGGAGGAGGAGGAAGAGGAGCUGGCCAGAGGCCACAUGUUUCCCUUCACAACUGUGGAGACCUACACAGUGAACUUUGGGGAUAUCUGAGACUGGGAUCCCAACGCCUUGGCCUAGUUCAAACUAAGGCGGCACUUGCCAAACCUGUUCUGGAAGACACAUAGCCAUCAGGCGCCCCUGGGUGGUCCCCCUUUCCCAGUGUGGGACAUCAAGGCCACCAAGACUCCAAAGCCAGAGUCUAUGCAGAAGCCUCUCUACCUGCCAGCCUUCGGGGAGGGGCAGGCCAGGAAGCCAAGGCCACACCAAUAAAACAAGCUCAUGACACCA